GUCCUAUUUUAGGUGGAAUAUUUGUAGAUUAUGUAACUUGGAGGUGGUCGUUUUAUAUUAAUGUACCAUUAAGCGCAAUUACUUUAAUAACAGUAAUUUUUUUUUUUAAUCCACCAAAUAAUAAUAAGAAACAAGAAUCAUUAAUAGAAAAAUUAAAACGAGUUGAUUGGUGGGGAACUUUAGUUUUAACAACCUCAACAUUUUUAAUAUUAUUAGCAUUUAAUUGGGGUGGUGCUAAAUAUGAAUGGUAUCAUCCUGGAAUAAUUGUAUUAUUGUGUGUUGGCGGGAUUGGCUUUUUAUUAUUUGCUUUUAUUGAAGGAUAUGUUGCAAAAGAACCACUCACUCCAG